CGACGGGGCAGCGACGGCGGCAACGUAGCCGCCAGACCGGAAGACAGGCUCAGAUCUUCAGAGGAGAAGUACGAACCCCUAAGCACAAGCACCGUUGGGGAACGUGCCGAUUUAUUUGUGUCCCCCUGGGCCCCGCUAGUGACAGAAGGAGAGCCAGCAGUUCGGAGGAGGCGUGCGUGGGUGCUGGCUCUCCGCUUUCGCGACCUGGCGGCGGCCUCGCUCAAGCUGGAAGCCCUGGGCGUGCACAGCGCUUGCGAGCUGCUGUGGCUCGUUGAGGACGGCAGCCUCAACGACCGCCUCGAGGCCGCUGGCCACCGGCGUUUCGCCGCCGCCACGCUGGCCGCCGUGCGCGCCGUCGCCCUCGAGGUCGGCCUGCGCCCUGCCCGCCGCGCCGCCGCCACGCCGCAGGGCGCGGGCGCCUCCGCUGCCGCGGGGCCCGGCGUGCCGGAGGGCGUCGAAGAGCCCCACGACGACGACCCCAUGCUGCUCCAGCGGCAGAUCCAGCAGGGCCUCGAGCGGCUGGGCGUCGCCGUGGCCGAGGCCGGCAGGCGGGAGGCGGCGGCGGCCCGGGGCCUCCGCGACGCGGAGGCCACCGCCGCGCGCCUGGCGGAGCUCCGGGGCCCCCCAAAG